ACAGCGUGGCCGUGGUGCUGGUCGGCACAGAACGGGCCGUUUAUAAAGCCAAGCCGCGGCGGCGCCUGCCCGCUCGGGGUGACUCGCCGUUGUUGCACCUGGCUCCGCCCUCCUCCUCCCCUUCUCCCACGCCCUCGCGUAGUCACGCUCCUCUCACCGAGAGACCGAGCUAACCAGCCGCUCCGCAGCCUGCUGCAGGGGCUGUGCGUGCCGUCCAUCGAUCGAUCCAUGGCUGCGUCCGGCGCUCCGCGGCCGGCCCCGGCGUCCUCCGGCGGCAUGGUAAGGAAGCUCAUCCUAUCUCUGGCCGUGUUCUUGCCGGUCCUGCUGUACCAGCAGCUCCAGCCUCCGCCUCCAAAGAUCUGCGGCUCCCCGGGCGGCCCUCCAGUUACAGGGACAAGAACGCGGCUCAAGGACGGUAGGCAUCUGGCCUACCUGGAAUCCGGCGUCCCCAAGGACCAGGCCAAGUACAGGAUCAUCUUUGUUCAUGGGUUUGACUCAUGCAGACACGACACCCUCCCAAUUUCGCAGGAGCUGGCGCAAGAGCUGGGCCUUUACCAGCUGACCUUCGAUCGUCCAGGGUAUGCCGAGAGCGACCCGAACCCGGACAGCUCGGAGAAGAGCAUCGCCCUCGACAUCGAGGAGCUUGCUGACAACCUGCAGCUGGGUCCCAAGUUCUACCUCAUGGGUUUCUCCAUGGGCGGUGAGAUCAUGUGGAGCUGCCUCAAGCACAUCUCACACAGGCUUGCCGGCGUGGCCCUUCUUGGUCCGGUGGGAAACUACUGGUGGUCGGGGCUUCCGUCGAACGUGUCGUGGCACGCCUGGAACCAGCAGCUCCCGCAGGACAAGUGGGCGGUGUGGGUCUCCCACCACCUGCCAUGGCUGACCUACUGGUGGAACACCCAGAAGCUCUUCCCUGCCUCCAGCGUCAUCGCCUACAACCCCGCCCUCUUCUCUGAGGAAGACAAGCUCCUCAUGCCCAAGUUCGCCUUCAGAACCUACAUGCCGCAGAUAAGGCAGCAGGGGGAGAACGCUUGCCUGCACCGCGACAUGACGGUCGGGUUCGGGAAGUGGAGCUGGAGCCCGCUGGAGCUUGAGGACCCGUUCGCCGGCGGCGAAGGGAAGGUGCACCUGUGGCACGGCGCCGAGGACCUGAUCGUGCCGGUCAGCCUGUCGAGGUACCUCAGCGAGAAGCUCCCGUGGGUCGUCUACCACGAGCUCCCCACGUCCGGCCACAUGUUCCCUCUCGCCGACGGGAUGGCCGACACCAUCGUCAGGUCGCUGGUUCUCGGGGUCGAUCAGCCACCUCAAGCCUCCUGAUUGAACUGUCUCCUCCGUUCAACAAUUUGCACUUUUGCGGUGCAUUUCUCCAUCCUUUUAGCUUCUCGUGAAGUACAUAUUGCUGGCACUGACAGCGUGGUUGAUGAAACUGGUCGUGCUCACACUGAAUAAGAGUAUCCAAUUUGGGAUGGUUGAGAAUUCGGCCGGAAUUGUGCACGAGACUAUUCGUUGAUUCGUUCCCAGUUCCCACACCGCAUUUGAAGUUUACGCACUUUAUCA